CUUCCUGUGAUUAGUCACUAAACACGCGCCACACAUCGCUUUGCAAGAAAUACUAGAUUAAGUUUUAGCGAUGAAUUAAUUUUCCUUUGGGCGUCUCUAUAUCGAUACGGAGAAGUCUAAAACGGCGGGAAAAAAUGGCCCAAGUGGAAGAGAUAUUGAUCGAAGUGGAAGCGGUGCAAGCAGUGUACGGAGACGAUUGUGUGGUUGUUGAUUCAUUCCCUCCCUAUCUUCACGUCCACGUCAAGCCCCGAACUGCCGAUGUCUCUUCUCAACAGUUUGUGGAAGCAGUUAUUGGGAUUCGAGCAGGUCCCCAGUAUCCAGAGAAACCACCCUAUAUAGAUCUCAUUGAGUCUAAGGGACUCGAUGAACAAAGGCAGAAGCAUCUAGUAACCAGCAUACGAAACAGAGCAUGCGAGCUCUCCUCAUGUUUGAUGCUUGUAGCACUUUGCGAGGAAGCAGUGGAGGAGCUCUCUGUUAUGAAUCACCCUGAAGGUAAUUGUCCAUUGUGUUUGUGCCCUUUGGUCCUCGAAGAUGAACAGAAUGAAGCCUUACCAUUUAUGAAGCUGAUGUCUUGUUUCCAUUGCUUUCACAGUGAAUGCAUUAUAAGGUGGUGGAAUUGGCUCCAAAAAGAGAGAGAGAGCAACACUAAUACCUCAUCUACCUCAGCUCUUCAUUGCAUCAGAGAUGGGGAAAAUGAGAAUGACAUGCAAGGCAUAAAUGAAGAAAGUAUGGGAAAUUGUCCAGUUUGCCGUAAGGUUUUCCAUACCAAGGAUUUUGAACAUGUUCUUGGCUUGGUUGGAGCGCAUCGCACUGAGUUGAGCUCUGACAGAACAGAAGUCGAAGAUGAGAAGCUACUCCAGUCUGAUUCAGAGAACAUUAGAAGACAGAAGUUUGAGGCCGUACUUAAACUACAAGAAGAAAACAGUGGCCUAAUUGAACCGAAAAAAAAUCUAGUUGUUUUACCUGGUAUGUAUCUUCCUCAGUCAGUCAGGCAGCCUACCCAGGCAUUGGAGAAAGAAAACGCUGAGGAACAGCAGAGAGACUCAACAGCUGGCUCAACAGAAACAAAUUCUGGGGUCUUGUCAAAUAGACCUAGCUCCAGUGAGCACAGGAACACGGGGAGGAGGAAGCAGAGGAUUCAAAACUCAAGAAAACAAGUAAGACAAUGGGUAAGAAAAGGUGAUGGUGCUUCAAAUAACUAGAUGGUACAGGAAUUUUUUUCAAGAUAUAUUUUCCUUUUGCUAAAUAACCAAAUACAUUAGUUUCAUGUAAAAGUCCAUAGGCAAUAUGUGAGGAUUGCGGAAAUCUUGUUCUGUCUAUUAUUGUUGCGAUGAAAAUCUGUAGACUCAUUUCCUAUCUUCAUACGGCUUUUGUAUUCUGAAAUCUUUCUACUCAAAAAUAUUCUUCACACUGA